AUGUCCGGUAUAGCGGGGUUCUACUAUACAUCGCACACCUGUCACCUGCUCGUGCAGCUACAAAGGGCUUCGGGAGCUGUAUGCGGCAUUUUGACUGUGCGGGUUGAUUCUUCGGGAGCUGUGUGCGGUACUUUGGCUGUGCGCUUGAUUCUUCGGUAG